AAAAAUGAGUCGGCAUCGUGUUCUACCAUAGAAAAUGAUUGCAUUAGGAAUGAAUUAUCCUAUGUGAUCAAAACAUAUUGUUGGCAUUCCCAUCUGAACAUGUCUGCAAGACAGGAGCAAGCCACUCCAACAAAUACAAAAAAGCCACCUCCAAAACGAGCAUCUUCAUUCCAAGGAAUACCAGAGAAACUACGGGUCCAAGGAGCUACCACAAAGCAAAGCACAAAAACCAAGGGAACUAGGUAUGCAGUUCCUAAAAAAGAGACUUUUGCAAGGAAAGAGAAGCCCCAAUAUGACAAAGACCUCACUGAGAACUUCCAUCACAUGAUACAUGGAGACCUCAACAACAUACCCGAGCUGCCCAAGACGAUGAUCCGCAUAUUUCUCAGUUCAACAUUUUCAGACAUGCGAGCAGAGAGGAACACAUUGGCUCGGGAAGUGUACCCAUACUUGAGGGACCAUUGUGCCCAAAAGGGCAUGGACUUCCAGGUGGUGGACAUGCGUUGGGGCAUCACAGAAGAAAGCCAGAAUGACCACUCGGUGGAGAAGAUAUGUUUGCAGGAGGUGGAUAACUGCCAGAAAUCAUCUCUUGGGGUUAACUUUGUGGUUUUGUCUGGGGACAGGUAUGGUUUUCGGCCCAUUCCGACAGAAAUGGAUGUGAAGCUGUUUGAGUGUCUGAGAUUUGAAGCCACGAAACUUAAACUUAAAGACCAAGAACUUCUUGAUACUUGGUACCUAAAGGAUGAAAAUGCUGUACCAAGUUUGUAUGUGCUCCAGCCAAUCAGGUCCAAGUUCACAUUCUUUGGAGAUUUCUCACCUGGAUGUGAUGAGUUGAGAAAGAAGGACACGACUGCUUGGUAUGAGACAUAUGGACAACUACAGGUAGUGUUAAGAAAAGCUGCCACUGAGGCCCACAAAGACGGAAAAAUCACAGCGCAGGAAAAGGAACAGUUCUUCAUAUCUGUGACCGAAUGUGAGAUUCAGGAUGGCAUUUUGAAGGCCAGUGAUGUUGAUUCUCAUUGCUUGGUGUACAAGCGAUACUUUAAAGGUUUAGACGACACAACUGCAGGUGAUAAAAAUGCUUCAAGAUACAUGGAUGUGCAAACAACUGACAAGGGUGUCUUCAUUGAUGAUGAAGUCAAAUAUUAUAGAAAGUUGCUUUUCGACCAGAAAAUUAAAGGUAAACUGCAAAAAGAGAAUAUCAAGUCAUACACAAUUCGAUGGAACCAACAAGGUGUUUGUCCUACUGUGGAAGAGCAUGAACUAUACUUGGCUGAAUUCUGUCAAAAUUUUACAAAAGACUGCAUGCGACUCAUUGAUAUCGCCCAUGAAAAACGACAGCCUCUGAUUAAUGCAAGAAACUAUUAUACAGAUUACUAUGAAAUUGUGCAUCAUUUGAAGUUCUGCAAGAAGAAAUGUGAAUCUUUUUGUGGACAGCAGGGUGUUCUGGAAAAGGCUAAAGCAUACAUUCUGGACGAAUCCUCACACACACCGUUAGUCAUCCACGCAGAGUCAGGUGUAGGCAAAACAUCCAUUAUGGCAAUGAUAAUGAAAUCCAUCCCAGCUUGGUUAAAGGGCAAAUCACACACACGAUUGAUUCGAUUUCUUGGUACAACUCCUAACACUCAGAACGUGUUUGACGUUCUGUUUAGUGUUCUCGGUCAAGUUGCUGAUCAUUGCGAUAUGAUCAUUCCGCCUAUCAACUAUAAAACCAUGGCAAAGUUACAAAGGUAUGCACCAAGACAUUUACGACAGGUUGGAAAAGCUGCAAAGGAACCAGUGGUUAUUUUACUGGACUCUAUCGAUCAGAUGGAUGGAAAUUAUGAUUCAUACUCAAUGAAGUGGCUACCAAUGGCACUGCCGUCAAAUGUCAAGAUUAUUAUUUCAACCUUACCUAAAGAACAUGGAAUCCUGACCAAUUUAAAACAGUUACUACCAGAUUCAAAAUGCUAUAUAGAGGUACCCAUGGUUUCGGAAACUACAGGCAAAGACAUCAUCAAUAUGUACUUGGAAAAGCAACACCGGCAGAUCACAGAAACCCAAAUGAGUAUGCUCUUGUCUGUGUUCAAAGGCAGUCCAAAGCCACUAUUUUUGAAAAUAAUUGUGGAUGAGGCGAGGCUAUGGAAUUCGUUUACUACGAUGUCAGAUAUAUCAUUACCGACAACAGUAAAAGAGGCAAUCAACAAAAUGUUCGAAAAGCUUGAAACAAAGUUUGGACAGACGCUUGUCAGUCAUGCACUCGGCUACAUCACUGUUGGUUUAUCAGGAAUCACCGAAUUUGAAAUUGAGGAUGUUUUAUCCUGUGACGAUGCUGUUUUGAAUGUCGUCUACAAGUUCCAUGAUCCUCCCGUUCCAGGGAUUGUAAGAAUCCCGCCUGUUUUGUGGGCACGAAUUCGCUACGACAUCAAGGAGUAUCUAGUUGAAAGACUUUCGCAUGGAAGAACCACUCUGAAUUGGUACCACCGACAGUUCAUUGAAACUGCCAGAGAACGGUACACAACAAAUGACAAAGAUGCUGAACUUCACAGGAAUUUGGCUGAUAUAUUCCUGCAAGAAAAUGGUCUUCAACGUUCUAUUCGAUUGACGAACAGGAACAAUCUUGUUAUGGAAAAUGCUGACCGACAAGUCACCCCACAACCGUUUACAUCCGAGAAUCGCAGAAAGCUUGCAUGCCUUCCGUACCAUGUCAGUAGGGCAUCUCGUCUUCUUGGCAGUCAAUUUGUCAAACAAAAGAUUCUUUGCAAUUUUAAAUUUCUCUCUACAAGGAUAGGAGCAUUUUCAGUGUCAACAGUUCUUCAAGACUUGCAAGGUUUUCUGGACAAACAGCCUGACAGAGAGGUUGAGCAUUUAAAGGCGUUCAUCAAUGUUUGUAAAAACAACAUUGCCCUGUCAGUUAGUUUUGCAUUUUACAUAGUUAGUGCAUUGAAUCCUGCAUCGUACGAAGAAUGUCUUCUGAUGUUGGUUGAUGAUGCCCGUGAGCAUUUACAAAAUCAGAAAAGGCCAUCGCUCAUUCCGAGGUUUCCCUGCAUGGCUAUGAGGAAUGAUACAUCCGACGCCGUAAUUUCUUCAAUGUCAGGGAUAACUAAAAUUGAAAACCACUCUCAAAAUGCUCUGUUACUGAAAACACACAAAGAAAAAGAGGAAGAUGAAGACAGGUCAACCUACGAGGUUUUCUAUACAGAUACACAGGAGUCUGUCCCUGUGGAACUGAAGAAGGACAUUGUCCGCAGUAAAAUCCACAUGAAUGGCGAUUUGUUGUACUACCUCACUGAUAACUCAGUCGUGUGUAACUUUCGUGGCAAUGAAACUGACGAAUACAUGUUCAAUUUACUGAUUCCGAACUGGGGAAACAAUAAAGAAAACCCUAAAGAAUUUGCAUAUAAUCAGGAAACUAAGCAUGGUGCUAUCGUAUUUGACUCGUGCAUUGUUUUAGUUGAUCUUAGCAAUAUGUCAUUUGUGCAGAAGUUUAUUCCAAAGAACCCUCUGGCAAGGUUUGUAACAUGCUAUGUUCUAAAUGACGAGAAGAUCGUUGCAUUGGGAAUCAUUGCAAAUUCAAAUGAAGAUGAUGAUCGAGUACCAACAAAUAGUAGCUUUAUUUGUUCUUUUGACCUCGAUAAAGAUGGUCCCGUGGCUAUGUAUGAAACGGACAAACGGUUUGACUUGGAAACCAAAUCACUUUCUAAUUUCGACCAAACUUUAGCGAUAGCCACAAAGGGAUGUGGAUGCUUACAGGGACAAGAAAGGGAGGAUGAUGGAAAGACCACAGAUCCACGAAGUUCAGAAUUGCUUUUAUUUCAAUUGCGCGAUCUUUGUUUAGUGAACACCUUCGGCAAAUAUGGCAAUGCCAUUUGUAUUCAUGGAGAUCAAAGUAAAGCAGCUUUUGUUGUUUUAAACACAGAAGGCACAGUUUACUUGGUUACUCAAGCUUAUGACCGGAAGGUGAGAUUGCCCUACCCAAUCUUGGAUGUUGCUGUAUUGUGGGAAAGAGACAUUUGGCUAUUGGUUACAAGAGGUGGCGAUAUUACAUUAUAUAAUCCAUCAGAGAACAAGAAACUAGGUUCGUUCAAGGCCUACACUGUUCAAGUUAAAGACAUCGAGAUUCUAGAUCGAACAUGUAUCACUUUAGGAAGUAAUAUGGAGUUGAAAGCAUGGUCUGUUGAUGCUUUACUGGAGUUGAUCAGAGAAUCUGAUGAAAAAUCUGUCGCCGCCGAUGCAACACUGCUACAACAAGACAACGUCACUGCCAUGGCAGUUUCCCUGGAUGAAAAACUAUUGUUUACAUGCAAGGAGGAUUCCUCGCUGCGAAUCUGGAACAAUGAAUCAUUGACAACAAAACAAAUGAUAAACGUGGGAAUAGUUGGCAACAUUCUCCAUCCAUUGCCAAACUGCAUUAUCGUGCAUGAUACGACGCAAGGCAAACUGAAGGUGUUCGAUUUCUUCGGGAACUUGAUUUUUAAACCACCAGACUCGAUGGUUAAUAUCAUGUUUUCCAGUCUCAAUUCAACAAACUUGAAAUUGUAUGCGAUAAGUGCACAGCAAAAAGGACGUGAACAGAUUGAUGAAAUAGAUAUUGAGAAAAUGCAGCAUGUACGAUCGACGCGUUUGCAACAAAAGUUGACAUAUGAGAGUAUCGAUUUCAAACUGUCGGAACGAGAUCGUUACUUGAUUAUAAGAUCGAGAAUAUCUGAAAACGAGUUCGAAUCCAUCAAGGCAAUGUUGAAGAAAGGCGGUCUGCAGGAGCAGCCAUUCAGACAUAAAUACCAUGCGGUUGACCUAGACACAGGAAAUGGAACGCUGAUACCUUGUUGUAGACGGCUGUCCAAAAUUCCUUUCCUCGGAAAUGAGUACCUUUCAAUUGGGCCUUCGACUGUAUUUGUUUCAACCAGACAAUGGGUGUGUUUCUGGGAUAUUCCGAUCGGCAAAUGUGGCCAACGGCAUUGCAGGGAAACGAAGGAGCCGAUGUUUUACCGACCAACAUGGUGCGGAGAGAAGUGUGAGGGAUGGAACUCGGUUUUGGAACUCGACAGCUUAAGGAGCUGUAUUGCCGUCGGGUCUGAAGAUGGGUAUAUGAUGGUGUACAAUGUGACCACUGGGAUCCCUCCGAAAAAGAUCAAGCCCGCUACAAAACAUUCUGCGAAGGUCGUGAAAAUUGCAAUUUCCCCUGAUGGAAGAUGGAUUGCUUCAGCGUGUGCAAACAAUAUUCUCAAACUAUGGGAUUUCGAGACAGUAACCGAAUGCUUUUCGACUGCCUUGGACGCUACCGUGCGUGAAAUGAUCUUUAACAAAAAUGGCACAAAACUUACAUUGUUCACCGGAGAUGAUUCGACAAGAGUGAUGGUCUUUGAUGUACAUGGUUGAUAUAACUUCAUAAGUAUUAGUAGCAUUGUUGACAAUAAUAGAAAAAAACGUUUGAUCGCAUGGCUGAUUUAAGCACCGAUAGCGCUGCUUGAACACGGUGGGUAAGCCAAGCAUGUUGGAAAAGUUGAAACUUUUGCAUCCUGAAGGUUCAAUUCAAACAAUAAUAUGAUUCGGUCGAAUACUGGUAUUUGUUCAACUUAGAACGAUUAUCUGUCGCAAUGCAGUAUUACACGUUUUCAAACAGAUUGAUUUUCCAGUAUAAGAACCUUAUAAGAAUGCAAAUUUAGAGUUUCCGAUUGAAACAUAAUGCCAAGCAUCACAUCUCCGCCUUCUUCGAGAAAGCUCAUUCGAUGAUAUAUAUGAUCUUCGAAAACGCCCGAGCACAAUACAUUCAUUUUGUGCAUUGGUAUCUAUAUUUAUUACAUUAUCCACAGUAACUUUGUAACAGAUUCACUAUUCUAUGCAAUAUUAUCAUAUUCUGGUAGCCAUAAUACUUGUAUUUACAAUAGCAUUUGUUGUCAUUAACGGCAACCGAAGAGCAAUUUCCAAGAGAAGUCAUUGGAACUCUUCGACGGAAAAUACUUUGAACAUUGAUUAUGUUAAUUCUCAUUUAAAUGUAAAAUAUAU